GCUAUUGCAAGCAGCAGUGGCACUGGGAGCUUUCAACCCACUCUUGAGCAAUAACUUUCAAGCUCUGUGCUUCGGAAGCAAUCUGCCACAGUUGCAAAUGGAGCCUACACCAUAUGAAAUUUAUGCUAAGGAAUGCAGCCUGAAGAAGAAAUGAGCAAUGGAGAAGCUAUGGCGGGUCUAGGUUAUAGAGACGACAAAAAAUUCACAGAAAGUACAUGGAACUUGGUGACAUCUCCAAUUCCAUCGCCUUCCUUAGGAGAGCCAAGAAGUGAUGCUUUUCCGCAAAAUGACCACACCCAACUGCAGAUGCUGCAAGAUAUUGAGCCACUGACUACGUCCGCCGCAAUGUCAAAGCAACAGCACCAGCAUUGUCUUUUUGGUAGAGAUUUCAGCUCUGUUUCGUCUACGAAGCAAGUUCUACAAUCACUUGAGCCAUAUCUUGAUUCGUGGCCAAUAAAUAGGGAUUUUGUUUCACAUGUUGAUGAUUCAAUCACAACAAAGCUAUCAAUCUCUACUCCAAUGUAUGGCUGCCAAUCUAAUAUGAGGAGCGGUCCUCCUUCAAGGGAUGGUUGAAAGAAGUAUGUACAUACAGCAACUUGCUUGGUUUGAAUUUGGCAUCCACAUCUAUGAAUCUCACCUGCCUGUGCGCGCAGCCGACUUGUUCGUUACUUACGUUUCUGCAUGUUCAAAAUGAAUGUUAAACUUCUCAUAACGGGCAGCCUUUUAUUCUGCCAUCUAGAUUCUUCUGUCCAUCAUAGCAAUCUGUAGAAAGUUAUCAUGCUUAAAGUUGGGGCCCUUGACUAGUCAGCUAGGCAAAAGGGAAAUGCCAACGUACAUUGAUUAAGUUUUAUCUUUGUUUUUAGCUUUUCUUAUACAUCCCUUUCAUUUAAGAACAAUCACAGCUUCCAUGGGUGAGCACCAAGUGGCCACCAGCCUCUGCGUACAUUAUAGUAUACUAUCUAUGCUCCCGUCUACAGCGGGAUCCUCUUGCACAGGCGCUAAAACUUGUUAAGUAUAACCACCCUCUGGCUCGAAAUGCCUAUCCCCGACACCCGGCUUACUGGGACCUCAUUACUAGACAAAUAGUGAGAAAACCCAGCACAAGGCAAAACAAGCUUCUGCAUCUCUUCCAUAUCAGUGUUCUCUUCUCUUUACCAUUUGAAUCUUGAACUCCUCGGAGUCAACCGCACCCCCCUGCGAAGUCUUCUUUCUUUAUUAUCUGGGCUGGUCCCCCUCUUCUUGUAGAGUUAAAAUAUAAAAUAAAACCCACAAAAUGAAAUAAAGGAAAAUUGUCGGAAAUUCAUUCUCACGGCUGAAGGAGUUAAACGGAAUCUUUCACUUGCUCUCUCGUUGUCCAAGUGGAAAGGAAUAGACAGUGUUUGUUCAGAGCAAAAGCAGAGGAGGGCCAGAGGCAAAGGGCAAGUUCUGGAUGUCCAAAGCUCAGGGGGUCGCUGGUGAUCUUUCAUCGUAAGUAAUCUUCCCCAGGCUAUGUACUAUUCUUGUUUCAAUCUUCAGCAACUACAAUACAUAAGCAGCUAAACUGUUAAGCUAGGCAAAGGAGAAGGAAAGAUAUGGUUGCCAUCCCAGAAAGCGUCCAGAGGCUAUGGGAUGCAUGGAAUAUCAGGGGAGUUAUCCUAGUGAGUCUCUUCCUUCAGACAACAUUGGUUUUGUGUGCUCCAGUUCGGAAACGGUCGGUGCACAAGUUUGUGGUCGCCUUGUUGUGGUCAGCAUACCUACUUGCAGACUGGGCUGCAAGCUUUGCUGUUGGACUCAUCUCCAGUAGCAAAGGCAACUCUUCAAGCUCCUCUGCAUCUCCGGAAAAUGAAGCACUUCUGGCAUUCUGGGCUCCUUUUCUUUUGUUGCACCUUGGUGGUCCGGACACCAUAACUGCUUUCUCUCUCGAGGAUAAUGAGCUCUGGCUUCGGCACUUACUUGGGCUUGUUACUCAGGCUGUUGCUACUGGAUAUGUUUUCAUUCAAACGGUUCCCGGAGAAAACAAUGUAUGGAUUCCAACAAUCCUCAUGUUUGUUGCUGGUAUCAUCAAGUAUGCUGAGAGGUCCAGGGCAUUGUUUCUCGCAAGCUUGGAUCAAUUCCGUGAUUCCAUGAUCAAAGAUCCCGACGCUGGGCCCAAUUAUGCCAAACUCAUGGAGGAAUAUGCUUCAAAGAAAGAGGCAAAACUUCCAACGCAAAUAAUCAUGAUUCCGGAGCCUGAUAAAGAUGCCAAGGCUGCUCGUAUUGAGGUAAAGAAAGGUGAACUAAGUGAUCUUGAGGUGGUACAGUAUGCUUAUGACUAUUUCAAUAUUUUCAAAGGGCUCAUCGUUGAUCUCAUCUUCAGCUUUAAAGAGCGUGAUGAGAGCCGGAAGUUUUUUGAUGAGAGAACACCAGAGGAUGCUUUCCAAAUGAUAGAGGUUGAACUAAAUUUCAUCUAUGGAGUUCUCUAUACCAAGGUCCAAAUUGUGCAUUCUAGGUUGUGGUCUUCCUUACGGACGAUAUCCUUUGGUGCAGUUGUGUCAGCCCUGGUAAUCUUCCAUUACCGAGUGAAGAAACGUGUUUUUGAGGAUAUUGAUGUUAAAGUCACCUACACUUUGCUAGGGGGUGCCAUAGCCCUGGAUUUCAUAGCCUUGUUCAUGGCCGUAUUCUCCGAUCGGACAGCAGGUUCUCUCAAGAAGCGUGAUGGAAAAUCCGAUAAGGGGAAAUCAUUCCUGGCUACCCUUCUCAGGCUUCCAGCUACUCUCCUCACUCGCUUUCUCAAGCUAAAGAAAACAAAGUGGAGCAAGUGUGAAACAACUUUUUCAGGUAGCCGUCAAGCAUUGGCUACAUCAAUCUUCUUUCGCAGGUGGUGUGGAUCUGUGUCAGGACAUAGCUUGAUAAGAUAUUGCCUUAAAGGACGUCCACGAAGGAUCUACAAGGUCAAGCAUUUUUCAGACCAUGUAACUGAUGCUAUCUUUCAAAUUUUGCACAUUGAUAAAGCUCUCUUCACCAAAGCAGUGAGUGAUUUUUUUCAUAAAGUCAUCAAAUCACUCACUUAUUUGCCUUUUAUCGGCGGUGUUGUUCGCUUCAUCAAAACAAUCAUUCACCUUGUUGGAAGGGGAAUCAAAGCAGUUCUUGAUUUCAUCAUCGAAUUUUUAGGCCUCACAGAUUUGGUUGAUGAGAUAUUAUACAAGUCUAGCGAGCCAUUGACUAAAGAAUUAUGGGACUUUAUAUUCCACGAAGUGAAAAAUAAAUCCAAGUUUGCGGAUGAUCCAGAAACCGCCAAGAGGAUAAGCUCUGCCAAGGGUGAUUGGGUUCUGCAGUAUAGCAGUUCAAAUGAAGAAUACCAAAAUCUAAUCCGUUAUGUUACUGAUGUUGCUUAUGAUCAGAGCAUCCUGCUGUGGCACAUUGCCACUGAUCUCUGCUACCAAUCCGAUCUCCAGAACAACUUUAAAGGAUACGAGGACACCCAUUACCUUCAUCUAGAAUUCAGUAAGAUUCUCUCGGAUUACUUAGUUUAUCUUUUAGUCAUGCAACCGACCAUGAUGUCUGCAGUAGCUGGUAUUGGGAAGAUAAGAUUUCGUGAUACUUGUGCCGAGGCUGAAAGAUUUUUCAGGAGAAGGAAUUUUGGACCAAACGACGAAACAGAUGCCUGCAAAAGCAUUCUUGAGAUCAAUACAGAUGUAUCGCCUAUUGCUGUGAAAGGAGAUAGAAGCAAAUCUGUGUUGUUUGAUGCAAGCAUCCUGGCCAAAGAGCUGCAAAAACUGAAGCAGGAGAAAUGGAAGUUGAUGAGCCGAGUGUGGGUGGAGAUACUUUCCUACGCUGCAGGUCACUGCGUUGCAAAAACGCAUGCUGAACAAGUAAGUAGAGGCGGGGAGCUUAUAACAUUUGUUUGGUUAUUGAUGGCUCAUUUUGGGAUUGGAGAACAGUUCCAAAUCAAUGAAGGCCAUGCAAGAGCAAAGCUGAUGGUUGGCAAGUAGCUGAAGCCGAAUCUUUCUGUGCCUGAUUUGUAUUUGGAUUUGUGUUAGUAUUUCUGGUGUUGUAACGUUGCAGAUUUAAAACAUGUAUUGCAUCUUGUAAUCUCGCAGAAUUGUCUUUGAA